GAGCGCACGUGCGCAUGCGGAAGAAAUUGCCAGGGCUCUGCACGAUUUCACUACUACCCCACUGCACCCCACGCCGUUGGCAAGGAGUCUCAACCGGAAGUAACAGCAUGCUGAUCCCUUUCUCUAUGAAGAACUGCUUCCAGUUACUUUAUAUCCUCAAGGUCCCAACAGCUGGCUUAAAAAACACAGCAAAAGGUGGGCUCAUUUUACAAUCAACCUCUAACAAUAUUUACCAAAAUCUGGCUGUGGAAGACUGGAUCCAUGACCAUAUGAACUUAGAAGGCAAGCCUAUUCUUUUUCUUUGGAGAAAUUCCCCUACUGUUGUAAUUGGCAGGCAUCAGAAUCCUUGGCAGGAGUGUAACAUAAAUCUAAUGAGAGAAAGGGGCAUAAAACUGGCUCGGAGAAGGAGUGGAGGAGGAACAGUAUACCAUGAUAUGGGUAAUAUUAACUUGACUUUCUUCACAACUAAGACAAAGUAUAAUAGGAUGGAAAAUCUGAAACUGGUUAUUAGAGCACUGAAAGCUGUCCAACCACAGCUGGACGUGCAAGCUACUGACAGAUUUGACCUCCUACUAGAAGGACAGUUUAAAAUCUCUGGAACAGCUUCUAAGAUUGGACGGACUGCUGCUUAUCACCACUGCACAUUACUGUGUAAUACAGAUUGGAUUUCUUUAUCUUCUGUGCUGAAGAGUCCUUACCAGGGGAUUAAGAGUAAUGCUACUCCUAGUGUACCUUCCUUGGUAAAAAAUCUUUUGGAAAAUGAUGACACUUUAACUUGUGAGGUACUGAUGGAAUCUAUUGCAGCAGAGUAUGCUGCUUAUCAUCAAACUGACAGCAACAUUAUACUAAUAAAUCCAACAGAUGAAACAGUAUUCCCAGGAAUAAACAAACAAGCGGAAGAACUACAAACCUGGGAAUGGAUAUACGGCAAAACACCUAAGUUUAGCGUAAAUACUUCUCUUAAUUUGUUAAGUGAACACUCAUAUUCUGAAAUGAAAAUACAUGUAGAUGUAAAAAAUGGAAGAGUUGAAGACUGCAACAUUGAUGCCCCAGAUCACUGGCUACCCCAGGAAAUGCUUGACAAACUACGCACAAGGUUUGUUGGCAGUAAAUUUUGCCAGUGUGAAGCCACAGUAUUAAUAAAUGCAUUGCUUAGAACAUAUCCAAAAGACCAUGAACUGUACAGCAAAUGGCAUCUUCUUUGUGAAAAAGUUAAGACAAUAAUGUAAUUCAAAAUGAUGACGAUUACCCUUUGUAAUGAUGACAGCUUUGGAACAGUAAAAUAAAAUUUAAUGUGUGAAUCUUUUAAAAUUCC